AUGGGGAAAAAGCUGGAUCUUUCCACGCUCACGGAUGAAGAGGCCAGGCACGUCUGGGAAGUGGUUCAACGGGACUUGGACCUUCGCAGGAAAGAAGAGGAGAGACUAGAGGGUUUGAAAGGCAAGAUUAAGAAGGAAACCUCCAAGAGAGAGCUGCUUUCGGACACAGCGCACCUGAGCAACACCCACUGCGCCUGCUGCCUGCAGCCCUUCCGGCUCCUCCAGACCCCCAAGAGGCAAUGCCUGGACUGCGGCCUCUUCACCUGCAAAGGCUGCGGCCACACCCCGGAGGAGCAGGACUGGCUCUGCGGCCCCUGCCACCUGGCCAGGCUGGUGAAGAGGGGCUCCCUGGAGUGGUACUACGGGCAUGUGAGAGCCCGCUUCAAGCGCUCCGGGGGUGCCCAGGUAGCGCAGUCCCUCUGCGGGCGGCUGCAGGGAGCAGGUUUACCUGACCGAGUGCAGAGCUCACCUGCCAUCAACAGUGGGCCUGAGCCAGGCCCCGGAGGGAGAAGUGGAGCCAGCGAGCACACCGAUGAGGACAGAGAACAGGACGCAGUGGCCCAGGCCCAGCCCGUUGGAAGCAAAUUUGGGAACACAGAGGAGUUCAGACCUGGUGCGUCUCAGAUGGCCUGGGUGCUGUUAGGAUCUCCAGGGACGCCCCACCCUUCAGAGCCUGGUUCUGGAGGACAGGCAGCACGGGCCCCUGGGCCCAGCUCGUGCGGGGAGUACGUGGGACCGCAGCUCCAGCCAGGCCCCGGGGGUGCUGGGGCCAGGGUGCUUUCUGGAGCCCUGCUCCUGUGCUCAGUGCUUCCGGGUGACCGUCCGGUGAGAUCAGCCACUCGUCCGUUUCAGCGUCCGGUCGGCAGGAGGCCCGCAGGCGCCGACAUGGAAGAGGCGGCCCUAAGGAGAAGACUGGAGGACUUGAUCGGCCGCGCCGGCGACCAGCGGGCCUCAUCCGAGGAGGAGGGCAGAGACGGAGGGGCGGAGCAGGACAGGGGCACCCCCACCGAGGACCGCCCCGGGGCCGCCCGGGAGGUGUGCACGGCUGCAGGCCCAACGCCCAGCCGGGAGAAGGGGCCCCGGGGCGCCCAGGGCCCCCUGCAGCCCAGCAGGACCGCAGACGAGGAGCUGUCGCAGCUGGAGGACAGAGUGGCCGCCACGGCCUCUGAGGUGCAGCGGACAGAGAGCGAGGUUUCAGAUAUCGAGUCCAGGAUUGCAGCCUUGCAGGCUGCAGGGCUCACUGUGAGGACCUCGGCAAAGCCCCGGAGGAAAUCCAACCUCCCGAUAUUUCUUCCCCAGCGUGUUGGGAAGUUUGGCCAGAGUCCUGAGGAUCCGAAUGCAGACCCUUCGGAUGAGGUCAGGGUGGAGGCUGCACCCUAUCUUGUGAGGAGAAAGCUCAGGAAUUACCCCAGAAGUCAAGACAAAGAUGAUGACUCCUUCGAUCGGAAAUCCGUGUCCCGUGGAUCCCUGACACAGAGAAACCCCAAUGGCAGGAAGGGAACCGCCAACCACAGCUUUGCGGCCGCGCCCUCCCGUGUGGGACCCCAGCUCGAGCGGGCCUCUCAAGGAGCCAGAGGGAUGAAGGCACCGGGGGCCUGGCUCCUGUGCCUGCUGCUGCUGGGCCUGGCCCACCCGCACUCCAUGGAGCUCCGCACCCCCGACAUCAAUCCUGCCUGGUACACGGGCCGUGGAAUCCGGCCUGUGGGCCGCUUUGGCCGGAGGAGAGCGGCCCUGGGGGAUGGACCAAAGCCUGGCCUCCAGCGCCCGCCCGCCUGCUUCCCCCUGGCAGGAGGCGCUGAGCCCUCCCAGGGUGGCUGACAGCUCAGCUCCUCCAGGAAUAACCCCAGGAGCCUGCCUCCAGCCCCCCGCCCCCUCCUCCACAGGCU